GGACCGUAAACCAGUCGUUACUUUAGUAAAACUCCACCAUUUUCCGUGUAGGAACCAAGCAACUCUCUGAACUGUCAAAACCACGCCAAGGCAAGCACUUUGUCUCUUUUUAACCUUUGAGGGGUAGUUGGUUAAAACACAGCACACGCAUACGUCAUAGAUAUAUUCAGACUGUAUCAACCCCCGGCUCUGCUAGUGUAGAUCUGUUGUUGCGUAUCUAUGCUGUCCGUGUUUAAUGGAAUGUAAUCUUCAUUCCAUUACCCUUGGGGUUGAGUGAAAUACAUAUGGUUUCAUGGGAAACUGCAGACAUAAAAAAUGGGCAGCAUCACAAAAAUGUGAAAAGUUGGGGUUGCAAUGAUUUUAAGAACGGCCUAACUGGUAUGAAUGAGAAAGAUGACCUGAGAUCAACCUGUACCUGUGUUCACUGUAGGUCUGUAGGUGUGUGUAUUGUGGAUGAUCGUUAUAGUGUUUACCCAGUAUCUUGUUGCGGCCCUGUACAAAUACACCAAAGACAUGUUUGACUUUUGCUGGCGUUUCACAAUGACAAACAGAGAUGCAGCCGUUAUCCAUAAGCUCACAUGGAAGAGGAAGAGCACAAAGUCAGAUCUUCGAGCACAGAUGGACAACAUAUUUAAUAGAAAAACACCAAAGAUUAGGCCUAUGUCCUGUCACAAGCCCCGAAUGUUUAAUGUUUAUUGUUCCCUCAGUGUAGAAUGACAAAUUGCAACAUCAAUUAACAUACUGACAUUCUUAAACCUGGGUAUUAGCUUGUUGUGUAUUACAGUAAAGCUCUAUGGCUUACCCAUUCGUUCAAAUGGGAAACCAUAUGUCAGAGACAGGUUGGAAUAUGAUGUAUUGAUUUCAGAGUUCCCUCGUGCUAAUGGGACUCUCAGAAGGUCAAAGCUUGAAUGUGUGCAUCCUCUCUCUUUGCACUCUGAUCCCCAAAAGGUGACCCUCCUUUUCCCAUUUACUCCGUGUGGAAACUCACAAAGAUGUGUGUGGAAAAUAGUUGAUUAUACAUUUGGUUUCCAGGAUGAAAUCAUCCUUACGGUUUGUUAUGAGUCAUAUCCCCGCUUGCAUCAUCAGAGCGUGAGUGAACAAAUACCCAUCGAUCAAAUCUCCAACAAAUAAAUAUUGAUUUAAAACUGAAAUGCAUACUGGGGCUUUUCUGUGACCGUUUGUCAUUUCAGUCGAGGUGAAACGCAUACUUGGCCAGUUCUUCCUGUAACUAUUAGUGCAUGUUGACGCAAAAGCAUUUCCUUCUCAGUCUUUCCUUCUGUUAGUCAUGUUGCUGUUUGGUUCGCAUCUCUUGUUAUUUUCCUCUGUGAUGCAUAUCGCUACCUUAGAUCGUUUCUCACCAUUCCAUUCAUUCCUGCAAAGGAGUUAUAUGCUGUAUCACCAAAUCAUAUACCAUGUUUCAGCCACAUAGGUGGUUUAUAAAAAACAAUGUUUAUCCAAUUCAUUCGCAGUAUGAAUGUAUUUUAUAAAAGAAGACACAGCUGUUCAAACAAUUGAUAUUGCUCUAUUUGAUAGACGCUUUUAUGACCACUACUAUGACGACAAGUGCUACCGCUAGUAUUACUGAUCUUCCAACAUACCUCCUACCUCCUUUUAUUUAUUUUAUUAUUAUAUUUAUUAUUUAUUCAUUCUCUACGCUUGGUAUUCCAUGAAGGACAUUUGACGAACACUGUGUUUUAUUUUCCAGCCUGAAGAAAGAGACAUUUAAGAUGAGCCAAGAGGGACCCAACAAGGAUGUAGUUUAUUGUUCUUCAUCUUGGAGAUCAGGCUGAAGUCAUCACCAUCCUCCUCCUACCCCUCCUUCUCCGUCCACUCUCCUCCUCCUCCUCCUCCUCCUCCUCCUCCUCCUCCUCCGCCACGAUGAACGCCUCUUCGUCCCCCGCCGGCAACGAGAGCACCCCGCUGUGCUACUCCAUCAACACGCCCCCCUUCAACCGGAGCAGCACGGCCUUCACCCUGUCGGCCGUGUUCAGCAGCCUGGGCCUCACCUCCAACCUCAUCGCCCUGGUGGUGCUGGCCAAGGCCUACCAGCGCACGCGCAGCCGCUCGCGCUCCUUCUUCCUCACCUUCCUCGGCGGCCUGGUGACCACCGACUUCAUGGGCCUGCUGGUCACCGGCACCAUCGUGCUCACCUACUACCUCACCGGCUUCGACUGGCGCCAGCUGGACCCGCGCUGCCACUUCUGCAACUUCUUCGGCAUGUCCAUGGUGUUCUACGGCCUGUGCCCGCUGCUCCUCGGCGCCGCCAUGGCCAUCGAGCGCUUCGUGGGCAUCAACCGGCCGUUCGCACCGCUCGGCCAGCAUGCCCGGCGGCCGGCGGUGUCCAUGGUGCUGGUGGUGUGGACGUUCGCCGGCGGCCUGGCCCUGCUGCCACUGGCCGGCGUGGGGAGCUACCACCUGCAGCCGCCGGGCUCCUGGUGCUUCAUCAACAUCAGCUCGCGGGGCGGCGACCGGGUGUUCUCGCUGCUCUUCUCGGCGGUGGGCCUGGCGUCCAUCGCCGUGUCCUUGGUGCUGAACACGGUGAGCGUGGGCACGCUGGUGCGCGUGUGCUGCGGGCAGGACAGGGGCCAGCGGCGGCGGGACUACGAGGUGGAGAUGAUGGUGCAGCUGUUGCUCAUCAUGGUGAUCGCCACCCUGUGCUGGUGCCCCCUGCUGGUGUUUAUUGCGCAGACUGUGUUGUCGGGCCGACCGCUCCAGAUCCGGCGACUACUGCUGUUCCUUCGCUUUGCCACGUGCAACCAGAUCCUGGACCCCUGGGUGUACAUCCUGUUCCGUCGGGCGGUACUCCAACGCUUUUACCCGAGCCUCGUCGUGUCCCGCGAUUCCAUCAUGAGCCUGUACCCGUCGCUGCGCAAGAUGACCCGCAGAUCGCCGCUCGCCGGAGCCAGGGGGCGUCUGAGCCAGGAUGAGCCCCCGGAGUCCAUCACCGCCACCGCCACCCCCACCGCCUCCACCCUCAUCCAGGCGUAGCAGCUGGGGGGGACGACAAGGCGUGACUGUUUUAAGAAAGGGCAGCUUUCUUCAAAAGAAGGUGAUUUUAUUGAUUUCUUUUGGAUGGCCCCGAGACUGAAGAUGAGCCUUGCAGACGUGUUUUAUGCGCGAUGUGAUUUCGGUUUCGGUCACUGAACCUUCCAGUCGUGCAGACCGAUGGGGCUCUCAGUGGAAAGAAGAUGUAAAGAAAUCACGCCGACGUCGGUUAUCCGACUGAUCAGUAAUACAACACAAUAUCGGCAUCGUCCUCAUCUUCGGAAACUUUGGAAUUCUUCGGAAACUCGUCGAGGUGCAUAAAAUACAUUUUUGGAGAGUCAUGUUUUUUUGUACACACGUCCUUUUGUACUCACGUCCUUGCCGAACUUCUCUGCAGGGUUUUCUGACCACUUAAGGACGAGAUUACAGCCUAAAUGGACUUGAAGGAUCAAAGGGUUGUCGAAGGAUCUAAUCUUUUGUUUAUUAUGAGGAUUUGAGGAUUUUUCUGGGGGGUUCCUCACUACAUCGUUUAGUGUGUAAAAAGCUUGUAAAUAUUGCCAGCUGCCCCUAUUUUGCCUGUGGAAUUAUUUGUGUGUGGAAUCACUUUGCUUUAUCUGACAAGUGGAAUGAAUGUCUAUUGUGAUUGAGCCUUAGUUGACCCCUCCAUUGAAGGAAAUUUGACCCUAUUCAGUCCUUUCUGUUUCACCAAACUCCUUUGUGAUAUUUUUUGUAAUAAGUGUAUUUUAUUGUGUGGACAGUCUUUAUGCCUAUAUUUUGACCCCUUAGCCUAGACAACUAACUUGUGUGUUAGAAAAAGGAAAACCGUAAACCUUGAUGACACAACACAAAUGCAAAGGCCACAACAAAAAUGGAAAACACACAAACCAAACGCAAAAUCCACAAAAGUCCGGAUGAACAACUGGGGGAUAGUUUAUGUCCAUCUUUACAUGGUCGUAUCCUACGUUUUAAUAAAUGUGUGCAUUUAAAUCGAGAUUUUAAGCAGGAUCUAGCCAUAUCACUACUAUGUAACCCAGUAAAUCAUCUUUCACCUAUAAAUAACUUGUUAGGGUUUGGUUUCCCUCUAAGCUGAGUAAGCACAGAAGAGGAGAUAAAUGGAAAGAACUGAAUUGCUUCGUCAGGUAAACUCUGGGCCCGUGCCAACCUUUCAGAGGAGGUGGAAUAGCUGUGGGUGCAGAAAUGAUGACCCGAGGCUGCUAGCAUUCAGAAGACAUAGCUUAUUAACAGACUGUUGACGGUUGCGGGAUCGUACCAUUAGCGUAGCAGUCCAAGCACGUUUUUUCUACAAAUGAUCGAGGAUGAGUCUCCUGUUAUCAAAUCAUUAUCGUUCGUCUUGAUAGAGCAGUCCCCCAUUCACUUCAGGAGCCCAUCAACUAAUAUUCAUACAUUUGACCCAACAGGGACUUCACGGGACAGCUUAUAUGCAAUAUGAAAAAUUAUAAACAGACUUAUUAUCCUUGUUGUUACAUUGUAUCAGAUAUUGCCCACAAAUACAUUUGUUUACUUUAUUUUCUUUAUUUUAUGUUAAAUAAAUAUAUGAAAGAAAAUAUCAUGGUCAAAUUACUGUUGGUCCACUGUGACC